UCUGGUUUUGCUUCUGUACUGCAAUAGCGGGCUGACACAGCUCCAGCGCCAGGGUGUUCGUCAAAACUUCGAGUUGAAGAACGCCGGGAAAGACAUCAAUCACAGCCCCGAGGCCAUGCAGGAAAUUUUGAAACGGGUCGCGGCAGACGACUCCAGCAAAAUGCAAACGCAUGACGAGCAGGGAGAUGUGAUUAUGGCAGGCUAUUCACGUGGUAAGGGCUUCGGCAAAGGCGGGAAGAAAGGAAAAACUCGGCGCGCGUACUAUGUUGAAGAAGAAGAUCCCGACUGGUAUGGGGACGAAGACGAGCAGUACGACUACGAGGAUGAAGAAGAAUUUUGGGAAGAAGAAGAACACGCGGAAGAGGAAGAACAAGAAGAACAAGAGCAGGAGGAGGACGCAGCGUUUUUGGCAAACAACGAAUGCAGACGGUGCGGACAAACAGGACACUGGGAACGCAACUGCCCACAGAAGAAAAACGACGGGAACAAGAAGGGCAGCAACUACAGCUACAACAACGCAGGCACUAACGGUGGAUACGGAAAGAAGAAAG